AUGAAGUACGUUCAAUCUGUCGAAUCCAUCAGCAUCCCAGACGAUGUCACGGUCAACAUCAAGGCCAGAAUCGUCAAGGUCACCGGUCCAAGAGGUGAGUUGACCAAGGCUUUGAAGCACAUCGACGUUGCGUUCGAAAAGGUCAACAACAAGUUGAUCAAGAUUUACGUCCACAACGGUGACAGAAAGCACGUUGCUUCUUUGAGAACCGUGAAGUCCCUGAUCACCAACUUGAUCAAGGGUGUCACUGUUGGUUACAAGUACAAGAUGAGAUUUGUGUACGCGCAUUUCCCAAUCAACGUCAACAUUGUUGAAGAAAAAGGCGCCAAGGUGAUUGAAAUCAGAAACUUCUUGGGUGACAAGAAGGUCAGAAUGAUCCCAAUCCCAGAGGGCGUCACUGCCGAGGUCUCCAAGGUCCAAAAGGACGAGUUGGUUGUCACCGGUAACUCUGUCGAAGACGUCUCCCAAUGUUGUGCUGACGUCCAACAGAUCUGCAGAGUCAGAAACAAGGAUAUCAGAAAGUUCUUGGACGGUAUCUACGUCUCUGAAAGAGGUCACGUUGUCGAGGAGAUGUAA